UGUAACGAGAGAAUAUCGAUGUGGACGGUUGUCACAGAGGAAAUAAACAAAGCGCGUCAACAUUUCAAAUCCAGUUAAGGCCAUAGAAAAUGGUGGUGGAGCUAGCUACAACGACAAAAUCAACAAUUUCGGAGCCAGCUCCACAAGAUGCUCAGUAUAUUUGGCUGCCAUUUCUGGUGCUUGUGGGGGUCGCUGUACUAGCCGGCUUGGUUUAUGCGAUGUCACGUAAUCGCCGCAGUUGCCUGAACUGCUCAUGUUUCAAACGUGUAAAGGCCACGCGUAGUGGCUAUAUCAAUGUGGAUAUAAACGAAAACGAUUCAGAUGUAUCCAUGGCAAUGGGUGAAGACUUCACAGAAGUAGAGUCGCGGUACAGUCUAAUGCAAGGCCGACUGCAUAUAGCGACAUUUACACAGGAGGCGCCCAGGAGAACCUAGCAAAGAAUCUACUCCAUAUUUAAUAUUACAAAAGAAAACUUUUGCUUUAUUGUCUACUUUG